AUGGCACCUCCCAAACCACGCGAAGUAGACGAAGCUGCUAUAGAGGAAGGAGAUGCAGAGGAUGUAAUGCCUCAAAUUUCACUAAGUAGCUCUCAAAACUCAUCUCUUAACAGUGAGGAAGACAACCCUCCUGAGACUGUACCUGUAGCAUAUGACCAGGAUGAAGACCCUGAAAAUGAUGCUAGUACGAAACGGCCCAGGCGCACUUCGACAGGUGCUAGAGCCCAGAAGACCAGAUCGUACUCAUCUUCGUACACUAUGGCGUCUCAAGUAUUAGGCUCAUUACGUAGGUCUAUGAGUGGAACUUCGCUGUAUAACUCAGGCACACAAGAUCUCUCUAGACAACAAACUGGUUACUCCGUUAAAGACAUUUAUGGCACCUUGACCGACAAUGAAGUGAGGUUGCGGAGAAGCUCUACGAGGAACACUAUCUUGGAUAGGUUAUCGAGUAGAGUGCAAAAUGAAGAUAAUUACGCCACAUAUGAAAAGAAGUAUAGAGAUGAAGAAGAUGAAGAACACGAGGAUGACGAAGAAGCUGAGGACGAUGAUCAUUAUGACGAUGGUCACAGCUUGGAUGCUGAAAAGGUGGAAGAUGUCGUACCUAUUCCAGUGGGUGAAUCUCUAAGUAGAAUGCAAAGUAAAAUGUCGGAAAUUGAACAAAUUCCAGAUACAACUGUACCCACAGUUGAUCAUGGUCGUGAGUUUGUCAGUAUCGAUCCAGAAUUGGUGACAUGGGAUGGCCCUGAUGACCCCGAGUUCCCAAGGAAUUGGUCUUCUUUUGAUAAAACGUUUCAAACCGGUAUCGUUGCAUUUUAUACCCUUAUUUCUCCGAUGACUUCUUCUGUUUUGUCUCCCGCUGUUCUGGAAAUAUCAGAAAGUUUGGGUAUGGAGAAUGAUCUGUUCUUAAAGUCAUUUUCCGUUUCCGUAAUGAUCUUGGCAUGGGCAAUUGGUCCUUUGAUCAUUGCCCCUAUAUCGGAGAGUGAAAAGGUAGGAAGAAGACCUGUCCUCAACUUGUCGAUUUGGAUUAAUUGCUUUUUCCUAAUUGGUUGUGGGUUCGCCAGAACACCAGCGCAAUUAUGCGUCUGUAGAUUCUUAGGUGGACUUGGUGGCUGUGCACCCUUAAAUGUUGGUGCUGGUUCAUUGGCUGAUUUGUUCGACAACGAUAAGAGGUUGAUUGCCAUGGCAUUCUACAGUAUAUGUCCUACUUUGGGACCGGUUAUAUCGCCCGUAAUUAGUAGUUUCAUAGUCGCAAACGUAAGUUGGAGAUGGGUCUUUUGGGUCUUGGCCAUUUUCAAUGCUGCCGUUGCAGUGUUUGGAGCUAUAUUUUUCAGAGAGACCUAUUCGCCCAAAUUACUUUAUAAUAAGUGCAAGAAGUUAAAGAAGGAGACCGGUAAUCCUCAUUUACAUACAAUUUAUGAAAUUGCAGAUGGUGAAACCAAGUGGGGAAAAUUCUACAUAACCAUAUCAAGACCUUUGAAAUUACUCUUAACUCAUCCAAUGGUGUUGGGAUUGGGAUCAUUUAUGGCUUUCACUUAUGGGUUUAUGUACUUGAUGCUUGUUACAUUCCCAGGAGUCUACGAAGGUAAGUAUGGCUACUCCACUGAGAUUUCAGGUUUGAUGUACUUGCCAAUGGGGAUAGGAUACAUAAUUGGUACUGUAUUCUUUACCUGGGCAAUUAACGUGAUAUACCAUAAAUUGACUGAAAGAAACGGUGGAGUUGCCAAGCCAGAGUAUAGAUUGCCCUGCUUGUGUUUCCUGGGGAUCGGGAUCCCUAUUGGUCUCAUCUGGUAUGGUUGGUCUGCUCAAAAGGAAUUGAUGUGGCUCAUGCCUGCAAUUGGAACCGGCAUAUAUGCCUUUCUGUUCAUUGCUGUAUUUCAGACUAUUCAAAACUACCUCAUUGAUAUGAACCCAAGAUUUGCAGCCUCAUCAAUCGCCGCUGCUGCUGUCUUUCGGUCACUCUUUGGGUUUGGAUUCCCUCUAUUUGCAUCCAGCAUGUACGACAAAUUGGGUUAUGGAUGGGGAAAUACACUAUGUGCAUUCAUUGGACUUCUCUUAGGUAUUCCAUUCCCGGUAUUUUGUUUCUACUACGGUGAAAGGUUGAGAAACUGGGCCAAUGCCAGAAUGGACAGAGAGCAAGCAAAAAGAGAUAUCGUAAACUUGAAAAGGCUAAAGAAAAUGAACGAAGAAGCAGAAGAAACAUCCUCUUCCAAAUAA